ACUUGGCUGGAGCUGUUGCCAUGACGAGCAUUUUCUUAAGACAGCGAUGCAGCUGAGACCGUCCGAAGCUGGGGGUUGAGGGAGGGGCACGAACUUCCUGGGGACGCGUCUCUCCCAGGAGAGCGAGACCGGAGACACCCGCCCCGCUCCCCGGCACCCAUUUUCUUCCAGGAACCUGAGAGGUCCUUCCACGGGGAGGGCCGGGGAGAAACCUAGCCCGCUCCCCGUCGGGGCGGGACCGGCAGGAGAGCGCAGCCGGCAUCCCUAGCGCGGUCGCCACACCGGGGAGACCGGGGAGUGUCAGCCGUCACCCCGUCCAUGGAAACCCGGAGGGAGAGUCCCGCUUGGAGAAGCCUGUAUCUUUGCUAGAAAGAGAGAGAUCCAGUUGUCAUCGGUAUCCAGGGAGCCCUCCUCUUCCUCCUCCUCCUCCCCCAGCUGCCGCCUCUCUACCACCGCAGUUGCUGGUUGUUGCUAAGGUUGCCUCCAUGGUAACAUGCACAUCCUGUUUACACCUCCAUCUGGGCAAGUUGGUGUAAGCUAGGAACCUACCUACCCUGGACAACCGCUUCCAUCACCACCUGGGGACACCAAUCAUCGUGACACGUGGUCCGGCUUCCACUCAGGUCCCCCAUCCUCUUCCUCCUCUCGCUGCCAAGCUUCAUACUUGAAAAAGGAUCUGGGCCUGAGGCUGCUAACUCUGAAGCUUAUUGCACAAGAUAUAGUCGAUCUGUUUCCUAACCGGGCCCCCAGAGAAGCAAGAAGUAGGAAGAAGUGAGGCAGAGAGGCAAGAGACCCUGGUCAGUUGAAGAGAAACCACAUUUUCUGUUUAAGGGGCUUGGUAACAACAGGCAAAAUGACGAACCCCACAGAACAUGCCCUGCCAGCCAACUCGAUGGUCGAGAGCCGCGAGGGGGACUUCGGCUGCACAGUAAUGGACCUGAGAAAGCUCAUGGAGCUGCGUUCUACUGAUGCAAUAAACCAGAUCAAUGUCCACUAUGGAGGCAUAACGAAUCUCUGCAGUAGACUGAAAACCAACCCUGUGGAAGGUCUAUCUGGGAACCCUGCGGAUCUGGAGAGACGUAAGCAAGUGUUUGGACAGAACGUGAUCCCCCCCAAAAAGCCCAAGACCUUCUUAGAAUUAGUGUGGGAAGCCCUUCAAGAUGUCACACUCAUCAUCCUGGAGAUUGCAGCCAUCAUCUCCCUGGUCCUGUCCUUCUAUCGUCCCCCUGGUGAAGAAAAUGAACAGUGUGGUCUAGCCGUCAGUAGCCCAGAAGAUGAAGGGGAGGCAGAAGCCGGCUGGAUUGAGGGGGCAGCCAUCCUGUUCUCGGUGAUCAUUGUGGUGCUCGUGACUGCCUUCAAUGACUGGAGCAAAGAGAAGCAGUUCCGGGGGCUGCAGAACCGCAUUGAAAAGGAGCAGAAGUUCUCCGUUAUCCGCAACGGUCACAUCAUCCAGCUCCCCGUGGCUGAAAUCGUGGUGGGUGACAUCGCCCAAAUCAAAUACGGUGACCUGCUGCCUGCAGAUGGGAUCCUGAUCCAGGGGAACGAUCUCAAGAUUGACGAGAGCUCUCUGACUGGGGAAUCGGACCAUGUCAAGAAGUCCCUAGAAAGAGACCCCAUGUUGCUCUCAGGGACUCAUGUCAUGGAAGGUUCUGGCCGGAUGGUAGUGACUGCUGUGGGUGUCAACUCCCAGACUGGAAUCAUCUUUACCCUCUUGGGGGCCAGUGAGGGAGAAGAGGAAGAGAAGAAGAAAAAAGGUAAAAAACAAGGAGUCCCUGAAAAUCGCAACAAAGCAAAGACUCAGGAUGGAGUGGCCCUGGAAAUCCAGCCACUCAACAGCCAGGAGGGGAUCGACAAUGAGGAAAAGGAGAAAAAGGUGGCCAAGCUGCCCAAAAAGGAGAAGUCAGUGCUGCAGGGCAAGCUGACACGCCUGGCUGUGCAGAUUGGGAAAGCUGGUCUGAUCAUGUCUGCCAUCACAGUCCUCAUUCUGAUUCUGUACUUUGUGAUUGACAACUUCGUGAUACAGCGCCGACCAUGGCUGGCCGAGUGUACUCCCAUCUACAUCCAGUACUUUGUCAAGUUCUUCAUCAUCGGCAUCACUGUACUGGUGGUGGCUGUGCCAGAGGGGCUGCCACUGGCUGUCACCAUUUCACUGGCCUACUCUGUGAAGAAAAUGAUGAAAGACAAUAACCUGGUACGACACUUGGAUGCUUGUGAGACAAUGGGCAAUGCCACAGCCAUUUGCUCUGAUAAGACAGGCACAUUGACCAUGAACCGCAUGACUGUGGUACAGGCUUAUAUUGGAGACACCCAUUACCAUCAGAUCCCAAGCCCUGAUGUCCUCGUGCCCAAGGUCCUGGACCUUAUUGUCAAUGGCAUUUCUAUCAACAGUGCCUAUACCUCCAAGAUUCUGCCUCCAGAGAAGGAGGGAGGCCUGCCGCGGCAGGUGGGCAACAAGACCGAGUGUGCUCUGUUGGGCUUUGUCACGGACCUGAAGCAAGAUUACCACGCAGUGCGCAGUGAGGUGCCUGAGGAGAAGCUCUACAAGGUGUACACCUUCAACUCAGUGCGCAAGUCAAUGAGCACUGUCAUCGAGAAGCCCAGUGGUGGCUACCGCAUGUACAGCAAGGGCGCCUCCGAGAUCAUCUUGCGCAAGUGUAAUCGAAUCCUGGACAAGAAAGGGGAAGCAGUGCCAUUCAAGAAUAAGGACCGAGAUGAGAUGGUGCGCACUGUCAUUGAGCCCAUGGCCUGUGAGGGACUCCGGACUAUCUGCGUAGCUUACCGGGAUUUCAAUGAUGUGGAGCCCCCGUGGGACAAUGAGAACGAAAUCCUCACUGAACUGACCUGUAUCGCAGUGGUGGGCAUUGAGGACCCUGUGCGCCCAGAGGUACCGGAAGCUAUUGCCAAAUGCAAAGGAGCUGGCAUUACUGUCAGAAUGGUGACAGGUGACAACAUCAACACAGCCCGGGCCAUCGCCACCAAAUGUGGCAUUGUGACACCUGGGGAUGACUUCCUAUGCUUAGAAGGCAAAGAAUUCAACCGACUCAUCCGUAACGAGAAGGGCGAGGUAGAGCAAGAAAAGCUGGACAAGAUCUGGCCUAAGCUUCGAGUCCUGGCGCGAUCUUCCCCCACUGACAAGCAUACACUGGUGAAAGGCAUCAUUGACAGCACUGUUGGGGAGCAGCGUCAGGUGGUGGCUGUCACUGGCGAUGGCACAAAUGAUGGGCCUGCUCUGAAGAAAGCAGAUGUUGGUUUUGCCAUGGGUAUUGCAGGCACAGAUGUGGCAAAGGAGGCAUCAGACAUUAUCCUAACAGAUGACAACUUCACUAGCAUCGUGAAGGCAGUGAUGUGGGGACGAAACGUCUAUGACAGCAUCUCUAAGUUCCUGCAGUUCCAGCUCACUGUCAAUGUGGUGGCCGUGAUCGUGGCCUUCACUGGAGCCUGUAUCACGCAGGAUUCCCCAUUGAAAGCUGUACAGAUGCUCUGGGUUAACCUAAUCAUGGACACUUUUGCCUCGCUGGCCCUGGCCACAGAGCCUCCCACAGAUUCUCUGUUGAAGCGUCGCCCCUAUGGCCGAAAUAAGCCUCUGAUCUCACGUACUAUGAUGAAGAACAUCUUGGGCCAUGCAGUCUAUCAGCUUGCUGUCAUCUUUUUCCUUGUCUUUGCCGGUGAGAAAUUCUUUGACAUUGAUAGUGGGAGGAAGGCACCUCUGCAUUCACCACCCAGCCAGCACUACACCAUUGUUUUCAACACCUUCGUGCUGAUGCAGCUUUUCAAUGAAAUCAACUCCCGCAAAAUCCAUGGGGAGAGGAAUGUCUUCGCGGGCAUCUUCCGCAACCUCAUCUUCUGCUCAGUGGUCUUGGGCACAUUCAUCUGUCAGAUUUUCAUUGUGGAAUUUGGGGGUAAACCUUUCAGUUGUACGCAGCUCACCCUGUCCCAGUGGUUUUGGUGUCUCUUCAUUGGUAUUGGAGAACUGCUGUGGGGCCAGGUAAUCUCCACAAUACCUACCCAAUCCCUGAAGUUCCUGAAGGAGGCUGGGCAUGGCACCACCAAAGAGGAGAUCACCAAGGAUGCUGAGGGACUAGAUGAGAUUGACCAUGCAGAGAUGGAGCUGCGCCGAGGCCAGAUCCUCUGGUUCCGGGGCCUAAACCGUAUCCAGACUCAGAUCGACGUAAUUAACACAUUCCAGACGGGAGCCUCUUUUAAGGGAGUCCUAAAGCGGCAGACCAUGGGUCAACACCUUGAUGUAAAACAUGUUCCUAGCUCAUCCUAUAUCAAAGUGGUCAAAGCGUUCCAUAGUUCCCUCCACGAAAGCAUUCAGAAACCCAAGAACCAAAACUCCAUCCACAACUUCAUGACCCACCCUGAAUUCACCAUCGAUGAGGAGGGGCCACGAACACCACUCCUGGAUGAGCAAGAGGAGGAAAAUCUUGAAAAGGUUUCUAAGUCUGGGCCUAGGGUGCUCCUGUUGGAUGGUGAGGUCACUCCAUACGCCAACAAAAACAACAAUGCAGUGGAUUGCAGCCAAGUGCAGAUCAUUGCCUCCCACUCGGACAGUCCUCUGCACAGCCUGGAGACAUCAGUUUGAACUUCAUUCUCUGACUCCCAUUCCUGCUUUCCCUAUUUCCUUUUUCAUCUGUCCCAUCUAUAAGGUGAUGAUGGGAUUUUCACUGUCAUGUCAGCUGCUCCUAAGUGUGUGUGAACCCCCACCUGACCAUGAAGAGACAAGAGCACAGACGAGGGUUUUGACUUAAACUUGAGUUGGGGUUUGUAGCAGGACCCAGUCAAACCCAAGGCAGGUAAUGAACGGUAGAAUGUACUCGUUGGGUGUAUCAGUUGUCAUUUUUAAAGAAAUAAUGACAAUCCUCUUGGCAUCCAUCCCAACCCAAAUUCUCCCGCAGUAUUCGUACAUAUGUCACCAUCUCCUGACUUCUGGAUUUUACCCUAUCAGUCUGUGCCAUUUAUAAGCUCAGUUGAGGGUUCAGAGAGACAAAUAUCCUCAAAUGAAAUGUAUUGAGGGAGGAAUGGAAUGUAGAGAAUCAGCCUACAGAGUGAUUGUUUUUAAACUGAUUUUUCCAUUUUGAAAAUUUCUACCUAAAGCCCUCUAGCUCUUUCUGCCCUUUCAGUCAAACCACCCCAAGGUUCUUUUGGUCUUUUGUGACCAUUGUCUCCCUUACCUUCACUCUCUUUUUUUUUUUUUUUUAAGUUGUGAUGAUUAGGAAAGUAGAAGGAACAUGGAUGAAUUGAGUCAACUCUAACCAUCAUUCUCCCUUCUGGUCCCAAUGGAACCCUUGAUUUCAUUCUAGAGGAAGAUAGGUUUCUUUGCUAAAAAGGUCCUUUUGAAGCAGUUGAGAGCUGUAAGAAUGUGUUCCUGUUGUUGUCAAGUUACCUGCUACUUCCACACCACCAUCUUGUCAGAUGUGUGUGAUUUCUAAAUGCCAGGGAGGUUAGCCUUGACCACGAAGCUUGCAUAUGUGUGGUAUGUAAUUUUUACCAUAAGCCUGAGCUUUUCCCUAUUCCUAAAGUGGUGGCAAAAGAAUGAAUUGAGGAUGACCCUGCCUCCUAACUGGACUUGGAUAUUGAGAGCCAGAAGCUGGCAGGUCUAGGACAAGACAGACCAUCAAAGCCAACUCUUGUGGGGUCUUCCUUGGGAUGACCACAACUGCUUUAAAGCCAUCCACCAAUGCUCUUCCAGGGCAGGAGCUGAUGGUUGGGGGCAGUGAGUAAUGAGAAGCCUUGGGAGAGCCAAAGGGCCAUUCUAGCAGGAUCUGAGAAACCGGAAACUGUGAGCUUAGGUGCCUGAGUACCAGCUUUGACAUUCCCUUGAGUUUUCUCAUUCUGCUCUUUGCUGUGUCCCCUAACAUGUCCAGUCUCUGAUAAAGUUCCAACCUUUCUCAAAUAUUCUGAUUUUGAAAAUAUGUAUCUAAAAUGGGAGGCUCCAGUGACAUUUUGCUGACUUAAAGGAGCAAAAGGCCCACCCUGAAAAGCUGUCCGUCCUCUCUUCCCUUCUCUCACAUGUCCCCCUCAAGCCCCUCUCAGGAACGUGCUCAACUGCUGCACGGUGAAGCCCUGAGCCUUCUUUCCCUGAAUGCUGCCCGAAGCACCCCCUUCCCGCCAACUCUCAGGAGCUGGAGACUUCGCUGGGAGAGUUUUUUAAGUUCCUUGAUGGGACAAGGUAGAGUAUGUUUGUGGGAGCUCCAUUUUUAUCCUUGCUGGUGUUGACUUCAGCCCUUCUGUGCAGGGGUUAGUUCAUGUCUGCCAGUUCCCCUCUCCCACCAGAUAAAUGAAGCCUGUUCCCCUCUUUCUAGAGCGAGGGGAGUAAGGAGAAGGAGCUGGAGACUCUUAGGAACUGCCGCAUUUCCAUUUGUGAGAGUAGGGAACUGGAACCUGUGCUCUCCAGCCUUUUCUUCUGGAUCCCUCUUCCUCACCCCCUUCACCUGAACUAUCCAACGGGGGAAGAGUGAGAAACAGCACCCUACGCAUCCCCUUUACUGCAUUACCCACCAGAUUUGAUUUUGGUUUGGUAAAGGUUACAUGCUUCAGCAAUCUUCUCCCUGUCUUAAAUAGAGGGAAUUUAUCGUGGGGAGGAAAAAAACAGCUCACCCAAAGUGUUAGGUGUUCACAUGUAUAUUUAUUAAGUACAUUGGAAGAUUUAGUUCUGUCAAGUCUUUUAUUACCUCAGAUCAGCUUAAAAAAUAAGCCAAUAGCAAACUUUAGAGGCUAUUUUACCAUUCCUGCUCCCAAAAGACUCUCCCGGUGCCUGACAAGUUACUCUUGAGGGCUUGUGUCUACUUGUUUAAACUCAACGGGUUUUUUUGUGUAUUCUAGUUUCCAUAGUAGGAAAGAAAAUAUAGAAAUAUUAUGCAAAAAAAUAUAGUUUUCUUUAGAUCAGAAACUGAUAUUUUUUGAGUCAGCCAUAUGUAUUUUGUUUAAAGGAUUUAGAAUAAAGUGCUGUCAUGGAACCCUGUGGAAGGGAGCAAAGAACCAGCUGUUAGACAUGACAGGUGACUUAGUAGAUUUGUAAUUGGUCUUGAAACCAAUGCACCAUACUUCCUUUCUCCAAACAGCCAUCUUUAUACUUAGGGAAAAAAAAAUUUGUUGGGUUCUAGACUUUUUUAAUAUAAAUUUUGUUCAUAUGGAAUUGAGUAAGUUUAAGUCUUUGUGUGCAUAUGUUUUUUAUAUAAGUUUUUUUUUGUCUAUUCAGUUUCAGUGAUCCAACUGGCAGUGAGUAAAUAUGGCAUAAGUUAAUAAAGCUUUCCCCGCAAA